AUGUCUAACGACCCGGUCAACAAGCAAAGAGAGGCCGCAGCACCCUUUUGGGAUGGCGAACCAGACAGCAGGCCAGAACACUCGCCUUACGCCAGUCAAGUCUGUGCCGUAUACUUCCAAGGAAAUGGACCCCUCCAUAUCCCUCACGCACUCCUGCAUCAGAGUGUCGAGCUUACUUCCCGAAGCGUCGCGACAGACUGUUUCUCUUCGUCGUUACGCGACCUUCACUUGGACGAUAUCGACUACAAUACCGGCCAUGUCCUUAUUCACUUUAUGAUCACCGGCAGGUAUCAAUGCCUGAAGCCACAGGGAGAGACUAUUAUGAUGAGGUAUGCAUCCGAGUUUACAACUGCACUCCGCGUGUACGCCGCAGCCCAAUCCUUUCAAUUGCCCUCUCUUUGUGAUCUGGCAAGAAGAGAGAUGAUCGCACUCGGCGACAGGUUGAGCUUGCCUUCCUUGGUUGAUAUCAUGGAAGAGUCAAGUCUGUCAUUGAGCACUCUCCCGGGAAUAGCCGCGUAUGUUGAGUCGCGCAUCCUUGCUUUUGCCGAGAACAUUACCUAUACAACUUCAGAAAAGGUACUCUCUGAGAUUGGAACUCCCAACACGCUCAGCAUGGUACUUUUGAAGGCUAUUCUGCUGCUUCAAACUUCAAAAGUAUCUCUACGUGAUGAUUCACUUCGGAAGGAGGAACCCGUAGAGAUUCUCCGAGGUCUCAGCGAUACCGGACCCAUAGCAAAAGGCAAGGCUUCGGAUGUGGAUCAAGUUAUGAAGGAAGCCGAGGAGCAAGCAGCUAAGAGGGCCGAAGAAAAGGCUGCUGAAGAAGUAGAAAAGGCUGCAGCUAAGGCUGUAUUGGAUGCUGAGGCAGAAGAAGAAGCCAAGGAAGAGGAGGAAAUGGCUGCUCUGAAAGCCAAAAAGGCCAAAAAGGUGAAGCUCACUAAAACUGAAACAGCUCGCCUAAUGGCUUUGGUCGGGAACUCGGUCAAACGUGCCCAGGCAAAGUCUGCUAAAGAGGCUGAAGAAGCUGCUGCAGCGCAGGCUUCCCGUGAAGCUGAGGAGUCUGCAAUCCGUGAGGCUGAGGAGAAGGCUUCUCGUGAAGCUGAAGAAGCAGCUGCGCGUGAGGCCGAGGCGGCAAUCGCUGCUGAAGAGGAGAAGGAGCUUGCAGCCUUGGAUGCUUUAAAAACGAAGCGAGGUGGUAAUCUGAUCAGGAGGAAGGAGGUGGAUCGUUACAAUGUCCUUACCCAAAGAGUCACCGAACGAGCAGCCAAGAAAGCCGCUGCUGCCGCCGAGGCAGUGCAGGCAGAAGCAGCCCCUGAAAUCUUGGUGAACCAACCGAACCAGUAUUGCCGUGGCGCAAAGAAUUGCUGA